GGUACAGUCGUGUGCACAAAUAUGUCGACCCAGUUAACAGUGGAAGGAUGCUCUGGAUACUUCCUAAAUCACCAGCUUCUAAUGGAAGAUUCAUAUCAGCAAGCAGUUCAAAACCAAAGCUAUGUCUUGAAAGGUGAAGUGUUCAAAUUCUCAGAAAAAGAAGCAACCAUGGAAGGAGAACCGAGAAAACGGAAAAGGCGGAAGGCGAAUGCUGCCCCGGAUGUUUCUGCAGAGGAAAUUUUUGAUGUUAAACAUAUGCAGGAAUCAGUUACUAAAUUGCUUGAAGUGUGUCCACUUCGAAGAUUAUCGAUAUCUGCUGCUGAGAACAUAGACGUGAAUGCCAUUGUCGAAGAGCCAACCGUCUUUCCAAAAUUUCACGGUCAAAAUCCAUCUACAUCUCCUGUGGUAACAACAUUUGUUGGCCGUCAAUUUUUAAUCCCGCCAAAAUCUGUGUUUUACAACGAUGAUAUUCGAAACUUAUCAAACAUUCUUCCCAAUGGAGAGAAAUUCGAUUUGAUUGUUCUUGAUCCGCCUUGGCGAAAUAAGUAUAUUCGUCGAUUAAAAGCAGUUCGAACGGAAUUGUCCUAUCAAAUGUUGUACAAUGAAGAUUUAGCCGCUAUCCCUUUGGAUGAGUAUAUUCAUGAGAAAACACUUGUUGUGAUUUGGUGCACAAAUUCAAACAUCCAUCAUAAAGCAAUAUUAGAAACAUUUUUACCAAAAUGGAGCCUAAAAUUGUUAGCAAAGUGGUUUUGGAUUAAGCUUAACGAUAGAGGAAGCUUAGUUUGUCCAUUCCGGGAUGUUGGCCAAAAGCAACCAUUUGAACAUAUUUUUAUCGCGACGCAUCAAGACAAUGUUGGCUUCCGUUUUCAGGAAGAGUUUUUAAUGAGUAUAGCAAGCAUCAUACAUUCACACAAACCUCCCCUAUUUGAACUAUUUAAAAAAUACCUCCCGACAGAAAAUCCGCGAUGUUUGGAACUCUUUGCAAGGUAUUUAUAUCCAGGUUUUACAUCGGUAGGCUUAGAAGUUUUAAAGUUACAAGAUAUCCGUUUGUACGAUUUGCAAACGAAACGACCAAACGAAUAAUAAAUACGUGUUGCAGUGCAAAUGAAAUAAAAAUCUUUUUCACAAUAA